AAAACCCCUUAACGAAUCCAACUCGUUCCUCCGCAAUCUCCUUUAUAUAAGAAGCCACUCCUCGAUCCGCCUCUUCGUUCCCUCGAAACCCUACCUCAUCGUCUUCUCGAUCGAUCUCUUCUUCUCCAAGAUCCAAAGGCAUUUUUUUCUUGAGUUAAGAAGAGAUGGCCGUAACUUUCUACAAUGUUACCUCAGAAUCUGGCCUCCAAAAGCUUAAUGACUACCUUUUAACACGCAGUUAUAUCACCGGAUACCAAGCCUCUAAGGAUGAUCUUGCUGUGCAUGGCGCACUUGCAUCGGCACCUUCCUCAGAGUAUGUUAAUGUGUCGAGGUGGUAUAAACACAUUGAGGCUUUGUUGAAGCUGUGCGGUGUUAAUGAGGAGGGAAAGGGCGUCAAGAUCGAAUCAUCUGCUCCCGUUGCUGAGGAGGUUGUGACUCCCCCUGUCACCGACGCGAAGGCUCCGGCAGCUGAAGAAGAUGACGAUGAUGAUGUAGAUCUGUUUGGUGAAGAGACAGAAGAGGAAAAGAAGGCAGCUGAGGAGCGUGCAGCGGCUGUCAAAGCCUCUUCGAAGAAGAAGGAAUCUGGAAAAUCUUCGGUUCUACUUGAUGUGAAGCCGUGGGAUGAUGAAACGGACAUGCAGAAGCUCGAGGAAGCCGUAAGGAGCGUGAAGAUGGAGGGCUUGCUAUGGGGUGCCUCAAAGCUUGUUCCUGUCGGCUAUGGCAUCAAGAAGCUCCAGAUCAUGAUGACCAUCGUAGAUGAUUUGGUCUCCGUUGAUAGCGUCAUUGAGGAACAUCUCACGGCUGAACCGGCAAACGAGUACAUUCAGAGCUGCGAUAUCGUGGCAUUCAACAAAAUUUAAAAUUCUUUGGCUUGCCGCACAAGAAGAUUGGAAGGUCCAAAGGCAGGAUGAGGUUUUGUUAUUAAUUUUAGGUUUUUUAAGAACGAGAACCCGUGUCGUAAAAAGUUAUUAAGUUAAACUUCUGUUGAGUGCGUUCUUUGCUACUUUAGUCAUUUUCGUCAAUAUGAUUUGAUGGCCGUGUUCGAAUGAUGCAUUUUGUUUAUGUUUUAUGAUGUUCUCUCGUCAUGUGAACAUUGGAUCUUUGCUUGUUUGCAACGCGGUGCAAUAUGAUCGUUGUCACAGGCAUAAUAAUAAUCUGAGGUUAUUUGGAUCGA